CAGACGCAAAACUCAGUGCUCUUGAAAAUUAUGAUGAUAAUUGAGAUGAUGAAAGACAUACGAUUCGUAUGCUUAUUCUGAUCCAUUGACCUAUAUAUAUAUAUAUAUAUGCACCUUCUAAGUUUGCCCAGCUCCUUGCACUCAACCAAAUCGUUCUUCGUCGAUCAUUCACUUAAACAUAUAGAGUGCCAAAUAAUAACUCAUCGCGAAUCACACAGAGACACAUGAAUAUGAAACCCAACUUUUCCUUACUGUCCAAGCUUAUAGUGCUACAAUGCCUAUCAGUUUUGUGCUGCUCUCAGGAUUUUGAUUUCUUCUACUUUGUUCAGCAGUGGCCAGGAGCAUUCUGUGACACAAAGCAUGGCUGUUGCUACCCCAAGACUGGAAAACCUACAGCAGAUUUCGGCAUUCAUGGACUCUGGCCCAACUAUAAGGAUGGCUCUUGGCCCUCUAACUGUGACCCUGACAGUGUUUUCGACAAAUCUCAGAUUGCAGAGCUGAUGAGCAGUAUGGAAAAGCAUUGGCCAUCGUUGAGCUGUCCAAGUAGCAACGGCCUGAGGUUUUGGUCUCACGAAUGGCAAAAACAUGGGACCUGCUCAGAAUCUGAGCUUGAUCAGCGUGACUACUUUGACAGUGCUCUUAAACUCAAGCAGAAAGCAAACCUCCUGAACAUCCUCCACAACGCAGGUAUUAAAGCAGACGAUGGAUUCUACAGUUUAGAGAGCAUUAAAGAGGCUAUAAAAAAUGGUGUUGGGUUCACUCCAGGAAUUGAGUGCAAUGUGGAUGCAAAACACAAGAGUCAGCUUUAUCAAGUUUAUCUGUGCGCGGACACUUCUGGGUCAGAUUUCAUUGAGUGUCCUAUUCUUCCCACAAGCAGAUGUGGUUCACAAGUCCAAUUCCCCAAGUUUUAAGACAAUUUAGAAUUACAUUGAGGCAAGAAAUUAUUGAAUAUUGUAUAUAAUCAUAUAGAUAUAUGAAUACAGAAUACGUUUCUCAUCAUUUGUGACCGGUAUGCGUUCUCCUUCUUUUCUCUGGAUUUUUAUUAUUUCAGUCCCAUUCUCAACAUUUAUUCCAAUAAUUUGAUUGAGAUAUGGAGUCAAGACAGACCCUAGGUCAGGAUACAAAAUAUCCAUGUACAGAGGAAAAAACAGAACAAAGGCCCAUUCUAAUAUUUACGAGUUGGGCUUCUGAUUAUUAUUGGGCUUGACUGAGACAAAACUUAACAAGCAUGAUCCACAACCAUGUCCUGGCGCUUAAGUUAUCAAUAGAUCAUGCUUGUGUCUACUGUACCUCAUUUCUUAUUAUCCAUCUUUCUUGUGUUGAAUUUUUAUCAAUUUUUUAACAA